GUUUCUCAUUCCAACACUUGCUCACAUAUCCAACCCCCUACAACAAACACAUUUGGUGAAGCUCUUACUUUGUUUUCAAACUCUCAACCAUGUCUGCCUCCACCAUGGCUCUCUCCUCCCCGGCUUUCGCCGGAAAGGCCGUCGAGCUGGCGCCGACCGCCAACAAAAUCUCCGGUGGGGGACGUGUCAGCAUGAGGAAAUCCGCCUCGAAGCAGGUGUCAUCCGGAAGCCCAUGGUACGGCCCAGACAGAGUUAAGUACUUGGGCCCGUUCUCUGGUGAGCCCCCAAGCUACUUGACUGGUGAGUUCCCUGGUGACUAUGGUUGGGACACUGCUGGGCUUUCAGCCGACCCAGAAACCUUUGCCAAGAACCGUGAGCUGGAGGUCAUCCACAGCAGAUGGGCCAUGCUUGGAGCCUUGGGCUGUGUCUUCCCAGAGCUGCUGUCCAGGAACGGCGUGAAGUUUGGUGAGGCUGUGUGGUUCAAGGCUGGGUCACAGAUCUUCAGCGAGGGAGGGCUUGACUACUUGGGGAACCCAAGCUUGGUCCAUGCACAGAGCAUCUUGGCCAUUUGGGCCACCCAAGUGAUCUUGAUGGGAGCUGUUGAGGGUUACCGUAUUGCUGGUGGGCCUCUUGGUGAGGUGACUGACCCAAUCUACCCAGGUGGCAGCUUUGACCCAUUGGGCCUGGCUGAUGACCCAGAGGCAUUUGCUGAGCUCAAGGUUAAGGAGCUCAAGAAUGGUAGGUUGGCUAUGUUCUCCAUGUUUGGAUUCUUUGUUCAGGCCAUUGUCACUGGAAAGGGUCCUUUGGAGAACUUGGCUGACCACCUUGCUGACCCAGUCAACAACAAUGCCUGGUCAUACGCCACCAACUUCGUCCCCGGAAAGUGAAGAGUUUAGGGAGUUGUUAUUGUUCAUAUUUGAUAAUGUAUGGGUUAUCUUUUCUUUGUUUGGUGAUGCUGUAAAUGUGUUGAGAAUCAAUGAAUUAAGAGCGUAUUGUGAA